UAAGCAGAAUCCUGUGUGCUGUCAUGGACAGUGUGGAGAUGGAAUCUGUCCAGAUUAAAGAGGAGUUCUCUGAACCUGAACUUGUCCCCUUUAGAGUGGAGUUCUCUGGGCUGGCUUCCCUCCUCAUUAAACAGGAGCUCUGUGAGAUGCAAUGUGACAGCAGUCAGCCACAGGUCUCUGAGGUUAAAGCUGAGCGCAAUGAAUUGGAGAUCCCGCAGACAGAAGAACCCCUUCCUGUGAAACAAGAAGAGGUGCUGGAAAUUAACCAUAUUAAACAGGAGCCCCCUGAAGUAGAGUUUGACCAUGUGGAACCAGGGAAGGAAGAAUCCGAGGACUUCAAACCAAACAUCCCUGAGCUGGAGAGAGUCUGUGUGAGAGAGCAAGGCGCUGGAGAGGAAGGUUGUCUCAACAGCAUACAAGGAGGUGGAAAGGAAGGCAGGUGCUCACAUUCAGAAUGCAGUCUAGCAGGUUCCAGUCCAGCAGCUAAAGCGAUGGCAGGCGGUGGAGAAUAUCCUGACUGUGGGAAAGGUUUCACCCAGCGAACUCACACAGGCGAGAAACCGUAUUGCUGCACUGACUGUGGGAAGAGUUUCAGUCAGUCAAACAUCCUUGUUUUACACCAGCGAAUUCACACAAGAGAGAAACUGUAUCCUGCUCUGACUGUGGGAAGAGUUUCAGUCAGUCAAACAGCCUUGUUUUUCACCAGCGAACUCACACAGGAGAGAAACCGUAUCGCUGUUUUGACUGUGGGAAGAGUUUCAGUCGGUCAGGCAGCCUUGUUUUACACAAACGAACUCACACAGGAGAGCAACCAUAUCACUGCUCUGACUGUGGGAAGAGUUUCAGUCAGUCAAACAGCCUUGUUUUACACCAGCGAACUCACACAGGAGAGAAACCGUAUCACUGCUCUGACUGUGGGAAGAAUUUCAGUCGGUCAGGCAGCCUUGUUUCACACCAGCGAACUCACACAGGAGAGAAACCUUAUCGCUGCUCUGACUGUGGGAAGAUUCAGACAGUUAUGCAGCCUUGUUGCACACCAGCGAACUCACACAGGAGAGAAACCGUAUCACUGCUCUGACUGUGGGAAGAGUUUCAGUCAGUUAGGAAGCCUAAAAGGACACCAGCGAACUCACACAGGAGAGAAACUGUAUCACUGCUCUGACUGUGGGAAGAGUUUCAGUUGGUCAGACAGCCUUGUUUCACACCAGCAAACUCACACAGGAGAGAAACUGUGUCUCUUAAACAAGCCCUUCCAAAACACCAGUGAAUUCACAGAGGAGAGGAACCUUAAAUACUGAUUUGUGUAUCACUCUUAAGAACAUGCAUUUUAAAUUAUAAAAAUGCAAAUCCACUCUCUUGCUCUCUGUCAAAGUGGGCAGAGACGCGGACACGUCACAAGUCAAACACUUCUCUGCUGUCAGUUUAACUCAGGCUGUCAAUGCAGUCAGUGCCUGGGAGUGGGAAUAUGCAGAAAGGAAACUAUUCCACACCUCAUCUGAUGGACGAGUCAGGAGAAAUUGAUAACUCGGUGUGGAAAUGAGUUUCAGGAUUUAACAUUUAAACUUCAUUAACUUGAAAAUAAAUAAAUUGACGGGAAUGAGUAUCCAGACCUCUAAUGUAGCAUCCCAGAGACGAGACUGCAGCGUCCUUACUGGGCAACCGCCUGCAGGAUGUGUCUUGUAAAGUCAUCACGAUUCAAAAACGAAUGAAAACUGAUAGUGUUGCAUGACUGUAUUAUGACAUGAAUGAGUGAAUAUUGCGUGACGUGUCGCUUUGCAGUGUGCAUUGUCCAUGCUUGUGUUUGUGCUGCCAUUGUAAAGUGCCCCGAGUAAUAGCAGUGCAGCAGGCAUGUGUACGGGUCUUGGGUACAGAAAGUCAGCGGUUUCAUCCCUGGCUCUUUCUUGCUCUUUUGCAAUAUCUUGCACUUGGUGACAAAUUCCCAAUGAAAAUGUAGCUGAGCUAUGACUAUUAAUCAGGGUUCGUACGCUAGUCUGGAGUCUGGAAAAAGUAUGGAAAAAUGCAAAACUGAUUUCCAGGGCUUGAAAAUGCUUGAAAAACCACGUCUCCGUUAUGAAAGUCUUGAAAAGUCUGGAAUUUUACUAGCAUCACGGGAGAAUGAAAAUGAUUCUGCGAUUACUUUUAUUAUUAAUAAUAAUUGAUCUCUAAAGCGGGUCAGCAGCUCUAGCAGUAACUGUCUAGACAGUUUACUAGUAGCAGCUAUGUUGCUUGUGACCAAAUUCCGUGAGGAUUGCCCCGUGUAACACCCCUGACAACGCCCUGACAACUCAAUAGCAAUCCUAUCCAGUCAGCGCACUGGUAUAUGUCACAUGACUGUCUGCUCCAGUGAAACGAAGGGUAAAAUGGAGUCUACGACAGCCAAGGCUAUGAUUUUUACAGACUGGAAUUGCAAGCUACUGUACUCUGCUCACCGAGAUUCACAUUUUGUUAUCUUGUUGUUACCUUUAUUAAAUCGUUAAUGUUAUUUCCCAACCCAGGAAAAAAAAAAUCGAAUACGAUAGUUAGGGUGUAUUCAAACUGGGUUCAUUUCAAACAUCCUCAGUUCGGUUCGUUUGCUUUGAAGCAGUGUAUCAAUGUGCUAGCUGUUCACACUUGCCUUGUAUACAAACGUACUGAGUUUGUUUGGAAAUUAACUGGGGCUCGUUUUCGUGGUUCACUUCCGUGUUUUCCCAGGACUCAGUUCACUUGUGUUCAUAUUGAAAUAAUCAGGGCAGCAGUGUGGAGUAGUGGUUAGGGCUCUGGACUUUUGACAGGAGGGUUGUGGGUUCAAUCCCAGGUGGGGACACUGCUGCUGUACCCUUGAGCAAGGUACUUUACCUAGAUUGCUCCAGUAAAAACCCAACUGUAUAAAUGGGUAAUUGUAUGUAAAAAUAAUGUGUAAAAAAAAAAUAAUAAUAAUUGUAUGUAAAAAUAAUGUUAUACCUUGUAACAAUUGUAAGUCGCCCUGGAUAAGAGUGUCUGCUAAGAAAUAAAUACUAGUAAUAACCAUCGGAUGUUUCCAUUUUCUGGCAUUGCUUCUUCACACUAUGUAAAUAUUCAAUUACAAUAGUAGUACAGUAGCUACUGUAUAUAUUGUUUAACAUUUUGCUUUUUUUCAUUUAUAUAAAAUCCUCGUAUAUUGAAAAAAAAACUACGGUAUUGUAAUAAUGACAACAGAUAUUUUUUAGGGAUGUAGCUCCUCGUGUAAAACAUUAGCAUAGAGUGUGUACAGCGAUAAAUAAAUAAAUUGUGUUUUAUUUCAUUUAUGCAAGACAACAGAGAACACGUAAUUCAUACCUGGGAACUAUCUGGCAAACUCUGAGACUGACAUCCUACUGUAGAGCAUUGUUUUCUUUCUUUAAGUUUACUAAACCAAAAUCAGGAACAUAUAAUAAUUUAGAAAAAAAAUCUGGUCCUUUUUUUAAUAUAAUACUUUGUAUUUUAGUGUUUUUUUUUUUUUUUUUUUGCAGCACUGGUAAACAUAUUUACGUACACACCAAGCAUAACUUUAACAAACAGACGUUUGUUAAAAACUGGACAAC